CUUAGGACAAAACUUGCUGCUUCUUGCUGGGUCUUGGCUCUGUCAAACAUUAUCCAAAGCUUGUUCUUUGCCUCUGAUUCUCUCUCUCUCUUUCCCACCCUCUCUCUCUCUCUGCACGCACGCGUGUGUGCGUGUGUAUAUCCUUCUGAAGGUGGAGCCCUCCUGCAAUAAAAAGAGGUGGGGGGACAACAACUUAAAAUGAAGUGAAGGCAAAUAUCCGAAGUUUCCCCCACUAUCACCCUGGCGUGGCAAAGCCGGCCAGAACAGAUAAAACCCACCCCAGUUUCAAGAUUUGCUGUUUCACUGCCUGUCAAGUCCUUUUUCAGAUGCUUCUUUCCUGCUUGGAGACAUCAGACACCUUUGCCUGGGCUGUGAAUCGUCCUAGGAACUUUCCUUUUUAAAUCUACUUUUUUAAUACCAAGGAUCUUUUUUUCCUCCCCCCUUUUUCUUUCCUUUUUGUCUUUCCUUUUGUUUUUUGUUUUUGUUUUCCUUUUCAGUGCCUGUCUGAGCCGUUCUGUCAUGGUUUUGUACCAGGCUGAACUUGAUCAUUCUCUGCUCUUCUACAUGGGAGCCACGGUGCUUUACGGUGGCACGAUUUUUUAUCGAGCGAAGAAGAACCGAGUGGAGAAAGCCCCUCCUUUCCUCUGGGGACUCCUGUUGCUUUUGACCCUGGAAGUCCUCUGCUUCACCACCUUGAGAAAUUCCCUGGGCUUGGGUCUCUUCUCCCUGGCGUGCCUCGUGUUUUGGUGGUACACUCCUGCGCAAGCGAUGCUGCCCGUCAGCCAUAAAGCGGUGCUGAUCACAGGAACCGACAGUGGAAUCGGCCAUGAGCUCGCCAAGUACCUUGACAGUUUAGGGUUUACUGUCUUUGCCGGCGUGUUAAACGCAACGGGGCCCGGUGCCAAAACGCUGAAGGAGACCUGCUCCGAAAGGCUUUCCAUCCUGCAGCUGGAUAUCACCAGUUCUGUGCAAAUCAAGGAGGCUUAUCUUGAAACAAGACGGAAGUUGCAAAACGAAGAGCUUUGGGCUGUUAUCAACAAUGCAGGAAUCCUGGGGUACGUAGCUGAUGGAGAACUGCUCCCCUUGAGUUCUUACAAGCAGUGCAUGGAUGUAAAUUUCUUUGGCCCUGUUGAAAUAUCCAAAGUGUUCUUACCGUUGCUCCGGAAAUCCAAGGGAAGGAUUAUUAACGUCUCGAGCCUGGCAGGAGGAAUCCCAAUGCCACUGUUUGCUGCCUACGGUGCCUCCAAGGCAGCUCUUUCCAUGUUUUCUGGUGUUAUGAGGCAGGAGCUGUCCAAGUGGGGCAUCAAAGUUGCCCUUUUUCACCCAUCAGGCUUCAAAACAUCAAUCGGGGGGAAUCCUGAAGACUGGAAAAAGGAAGAACAGACAAUUAUGGAGAGCCUCGCUCCAGACGUGAAGAAAGAUUAUGGUGAUGAUUACAUCCAUAACUUGAGGACGUACCUCAGUCAGAUGAAUACGAUUUGCUCAGAGGAUCUCUCGCCCAUCUUCACUGAUGUUCUGCAUGCUUUACUGGCUGAGCAACCAAAAGGUUUAUACGCUCCAGGCAAGAAUAGCUACACCUUGCUUCUCGUGUUCUGUUAUUUUCCUCUCUGGUUUUAUGACUUUUUCAUGAGCAAAAUAAUAUGUAACCCUCACAUGCCUUAUGCUCUCCGAAUGUCAGAGCGAAAAAAGCAGGUCGUAAAUUGAGUAAGAAGUCCACACGCACCCUUCAAAAAGAAAAAGAAAAAGAAAAAGAAAAAGAAAAGAGGAAGUUGGUAGUCCCUCACAUUUUCGACGGUUUGUGCCCUAUAUUUGAUAAGUUGUUCAGCUAAAUUACGCAACCUAGGAAACCAGUAAACCAUAAACGGAGGUAGAGGUAGAUAGGAAUAUAAGCGUAGAUUUUAAAAUGGUACCGAAGAAAGAGGUUUUAACCUUAUAAUAGCGAACAUCUUGUGAUAACGCCUUCUAAGGUUCACCUUUGUUUUGAGAUGGAGAUUAGCUUUUUCUGGAAUUGUAUUUUGUGUUUUGGGGCAGUGCUGAAAAAAAGUCUUCCCUUUUCCAAAGAUUCAUAUCUAUAUUUUUUCCCCUGAUCUUUUGUUUGACCUCAUCCAAUCAAUACUUAUUAUAUGUAUACCCAAACAGAACACACCCCCAGCCAAUCAGAGCACAACCAACCCCCCAUCCAAUCAGAGCACAGCCAAGCCCCUAACCAAUCAGAACACACCUCCACCCAAUCAGAACACAGCCAAGUUCCCACCCAAUCAGCUCACACCCCCACUAGCUGUUAAAAGGAAGAGACAGCUGCGAUCUCACAUUGCUCCUGGAAGCACGAAGCCGAGAACACCAGCCUGAAGAUGACGAAUGAGACUUCGUCGAAACGUCGCCAAAACACUUCCAAUUUUACGUGGGAGAAGACCCGAAUAACCAAAGACACACACAUAUAUAUAUAAUUAAUUUAUAUUUUGCUGAUAAAUAAAGAAAUAAUGCCUCCUCCCACAUGUUGGGGUAGACCAGGUGUCUUGAUAGAAAAAAACACACACACAUAUAUAUUCCCACCCAUGAUUUUGCUCAGGAGUAUAUAAAAGAAAAGAAAAAAUGUAUUCACCUGGAAUCUUCUUCUGAAAACUUUAGGGGAAGAAUGUGAAUGGAUUCUAUGCAGAUAUGUAUGAAUUUGCAUCAUCUUGUUGUGUUUUUAAGACAUAACAGUUAGUUUGUCCUUUGUGCCAGUUCAUGCUUAAGGCGCUACCGUGAAUCAACCUGACCUGACAUCAAAAGAAGAAAGAACUGACAUCUGACCUGAUUCCUAAAUUACUUGAUGGAAUUGCCAAACCAAAAAUGAAAUAAACCUAAGAGAUCAUAAAAGUUUGUCAUUAACAGUAAUAGCAGCUGUAGUCAAAGGUUAUACUCCGCCUGGGCCAGUUCCAAGAGUGCCAAGAAGGAGGAGAAGAAAGGGUGGGGGGGAAAGACAUAGAUAUACUUACUUUGCAA